ACUCUGUUCUACUUUAAAUCGCAAGAUGGAUCAGAACAUGAUUCGUAUAUUUGUGUGUGCAAUUGCUCUAAUACCUUAUAUCGUAUAUGCAAAUGAACAGCAGCGAUAUUUUGCUGCGUUCAGUGUCCAUCAAAAUGGCUCGAAUGCCUUCCUAGCACAAAUGCCGCUAAUGAAUGACCAUAUAUAUUUGGCAUAUCAUAAUACAUCUGUUGAAGAUAGUAGCAAUAGGGCAUUCAAUAAUGAAGGUAUUUAUUUACCAGACAACGUAAAUCCGGGACUUUCGAUUCUGUCGUAUCGCAACCCAUACCUAACCAGGAGAGUGAGUGAAAACACUAGCUAUGUAGAAUCAUGGUGCUUCGCUUUGACGGCGGUAUUUGUUUCUGGAAAGUUACCGCAAGGAACUAGUAAGGGGAAUAACUGCUCACUAGAACUCUUCUACCACCGGUGCCUAGAUCUGAAUGGAAAGUUGGAUUUUGACAUAUCAAACAGAUAUACGCAGUGUCUUAAAUCAUUACCAUCGACCUUGACCGUUAAAGAUGCCUACUUAUUUGAAAAAUGGGCUCGGGAAUGUCCAAAACCAUUAUAUGCAGACAAGAAUGAGCUCUACAAUAUAGCAGAGGCGUGUAAUGCUGCACUCGAUGGAUCGCCAUCACCAACAAGUGUAAUGAAACAAAGACACUGCUUCUUCCAUGAUAUAUUAACCAUGAAUUGGACACCUUUCUCCCAAAUACAAAAGAAUGUUGAUAAAUUCAAGACCCUUUCAAUGUUCACUGUUACAGAACCACCCAAAAAAUUGGAUGCUUGGCAAUACCAACAUAUGUCCAAGGUAGCCGAAAUCGCACUUGGACUUCCCACUAUGACAUCACAAUUCCUAAAAAAUGUACUCCAAUGCUCCACAGACGAGAAGACCAAGAAUAUAGCAAGCUUUCUUUCUAAACACGCUAAAAAUUUACAAGUCAAGUAUUACACUGCGGCGAUUACGUCACGAAACGGGCAACGUAAGAAUGAAAUAAGCUUUGCUGUAUCAUUUGAAUGCAACAAAGAGGACCAAUUGCCAGAAUUUGAUUUUAUCGCCCGCGAAGAUCAUAAAAUACCAAUAAACUCCCUCAUUCUCGGUGAUGUAGACCCAAUGUUUCAGCCAGGAAAACCAAAUGCUAAAAUUGAAUACUUGAAUAUGGAAGGGGAAGGCCAACACCGUACAUGGACAGUCUCCAUCACAAUCAACGUUACGCAGAUAAAGAAAUUACUGGGAUUUCCUACCACUAUAUACCUCAAAGUAGCGCACAUGCUGGACGGUAACAUGUAUAUAGAUAAUGACGAGUUGAACGACUUGUUCAAUAGGUUGGAAUCCGAGGUUAAAGUAACAGGGUUAACAACUAGCGAAGUAGAUAACAGAACUGGAAAACCAUAUGGUACCGCCAUGAUAGAAUUCAUUAAGACCCCCUUCGUUAAUAUCGAGGAUGGGGAAUUAAACUCUUCACCAAUCAUAUGGUACGGAUAUAUAGCACUAGACACAUGGUCGCUGACAUAUGAGCACUUGAAAUUACAGUAUCGGUUGCCUAUGCACGUGAGGUACCUGCACAUGAACAAAGGUAUGACAAAGGAAAUAGCAGAUUUUGUAAAGUCGGAUGAGGUGCUCCACGAAAAUAAUGCGGAUUAUUCCCUUGUCACAGUGUCGGAACCCAUGGUAUUCUUCUUGCAUACCACUAAUAAACCACAAAAGGAAACGGGAACACUGCCACCAAUGGCAGAGCAAUACCUCAAGUUCAAGCGAAGCACAUCCUUUUUGAAUCUGGUAGGAGCUGGUUAUAAGCCACCGGUGUCCAAAAAUGCCAAUAAGAUGUGGUGGAGACGCAUAUAUAUUACAAAAAGUGAACUACCUAACGCCGAAGGACCACCUGCUUCAGUAUGUGCACCAACCAAAACGAAAUAUCCAUUUUCAACUCGUACAUUCUCAGCUGAGUUGUGCCCCGGUAAGAAGGAUGGACAUAUAUACAUGGACCAUCAUACAUAUUUGACCCUAAUGGCGCCAAUAGGGCACUACAAGGAAUUUGGUACCGUGACCAAAGUGACGAUUGCCACCACAAUUGCAGUCGCAGCCAUUACAUUGCUUAUAGUAAUCAAGUCACUGAUGGAUAUGACUGACGUCAAACGUAAAACUGAUUAAUACAUGUUAUAAAAUGAAUUUUGUUCAUUCAAGAUGCGGGCUGAACAGC